CCGGAAGCUGCUCGAAUUGAUCCCCCAAAACGUCGUUAUACUUGCCGUCGCCCCUGAUGGCGGCCAUUCACCAUUGUGAAGAAGCUAGACUUCAUAGCGAAAGUUAGCCAGGAAGUAGACUGCGGACCCAUGGAAGGGAAAGUAGUACUCAAACUUUCACACCCUCAGCUCGAGCCCUCGAUCACUCAGCUCGAGAUUCUGGCUCAGAUCAUCCAAACUACAAAUUCUAGCCUCGAUUAUGAUCGUCGUCACUAGUCCAUAGAAGUUUUCAAAGUUUUCAAUGUAUGAGAAACGGUAUUUCAACUAGGAUCAGCACAAUAUCCCUAUCUCUCGGAAGAAGCAAAAUUCUUUAAGAUAUAAUCGUUAACCCCUAAAAUAACAAUAUUCUUUUCGACAUCAGAAUCCCAUCUUGAAUCCCAUUCUUAUCUCACAUUCUUUUCUCACGAGUUGCGACAGCAUCAGCCAAUAUGUCAAGCAGUACACUUCUUUUGCCGCUCGAUGGGGCCAUCAAGUUCUCACCAUGGGAAGCCUUCGAUAAACUCUGGACGUCGAUAGCAGGAUAUCCUGCCGAAGACUUUGAGUUCGUUCCAGGAAAGACGCCAAUGGCUACGUUGAAAGGAACUCUUGUUACAAUAGCUCUUUACUACGUAAUCAUCUUUGGUGGUCAAGCAUGGAUGAAGAACCGUCCAGCAUACAAAUUGAAUGGUUUAUUCAUGGCACACAACUUGAUGUUGACUGUCGUAAGCGGUUCGUUGCUUGUCCUGUUUGCGCAGCAGCUUAUCCCAAGUUUGUGGAAAAAUGGCUUGUUUGAUGGUAUCUGCGGUGGAAGUGGAUGGACCAAGCCAUUGGUUACUCUCUACUACUUGAACUACAUCACCAAAUAUGUGGAGUUGCUUGACACCGUUUUCUUGUUCCUCAAGAAGAAGCCUUUGACUUUCCUUCACUGCUAUCACCACCCAGCAACAGCUCUCUUGUGCUAUACUCAACUUGUUGGACACACUCCAGUAUCCUGGGUCCCCAUCACUUUGAACCUUUCCGUUCACGUUGUGAUGUACUGGUACUACUUCCAGAGUGCACGUGGAAUCCGCAUCACCUGGAAGGAAUGGAUUACCCGCAUGCAAAUCACCCAAUUUGUCAUUGAUCUCUUCGCAGUCUACUUCGCCACAUAUAAUUACUACGCUAGCGCCUAUUACAACCAUCUCCCCCACGUCGGAACAUGUGCUGGUGAGCCAUUUGCUGCUUUCGCUGGCUGUACCAUUUUGAGCUCCUACCUAUUCCUCUUCAUUUCUUUCUAUCUUGCUACAUACAAGAAGACUACAGUGAAGAGAACCGCCAUCAAGGCUCAGGACAUCAAGUCUGUAGCAAAGUCAUAAAUGCUGAAGUUCUAAAUCACGAAGCCAUUGACUGAGAAGCUUUCCCUCUUGGGCUUUGGGGGAUCUCUCUAGGAGGCACGUUUCAGGGGAGAUUCAGGGGCAUAAAUUCGAGAAGAAUUUCUAAUGGGUAUGGGAUGGUGAAGUUUUCAUUUGAUAAGUUUUAUUUUGUAGUAUAAUGUAUAUUCUCCCUACGAGAGCUUCGGAUGUAAGGAUAGAAAACAAUUGUAAUUUCUGG